AUGGCACGUCGGAGCACUCAUUCCGCAGUGCAGCCUCCAGACAAGAGCGACAGCUCUGAUGUGAACGGCGACAGAAGCCAACACAUAUCUGUGUUGAACUCACUUCUGCAGACACCUAAGACGAAUUAUAAAGAACUGCAUGAGUUCGACGCGAAACGGGCGGCCGAUCAACAAGAGCUGAAGCAGUUGCUUGAGAAGCGAGCGCAACAGGCCGAAAUUACUUCCAUUCGCCGCCGCAAUGAGCUCACAAAAGCCAUCCUCGACGCCCUCCAGACCCCGAAUCGCAACGUGCAUGGCGCCCCUCCUACUCUCGGCAACACAAAGAUCGCCCGCAACGCCGUGUUCAAAACCGUCGCUCGCAUCCUCAGAGCCUCAGAAUAUCUUGUUAGCGAGUAUGACAAACUAGACAAGGUGAUCACGGGCAUGCACGACUCAGAGCAUGAAGGUAUUGCAGAGGCUUGGGUUGGGGACGUCGCAAAAACUGAGAGGCUGCUUAGAUUUGGGGCCGAGACCGCAGUCAGAAACGUGAAGAGGGUGCUUGGUGCAGAUGUUGACGCCGAUGAUGUGGAACACGAGGACGAGACGAUGGAGGUAGUCGGGAAGCUGGAGCUCAGCUACGAGCUGAAAAGGAGUCUGCAAUUUGCUGAGAGGGGAGUGAAGAAGAUGGUCAAGAGCCUGCCGCGAGACGAGGGACGUUAGGGGGGAGGGUUUGCUGCAGCUGCUACAGGUAACAAAAUCUUUGGUCAGACAUCGUGAUAUGUACCAAGGUAAUGGAGGGCAACACAUGACUCGCUGCCGCAAGGCAUUCGACGGCUCGGUCCAUGCCCCACUGAUGUGCCCUGGGGUGAGACGUCAUUAGCGCAUAAUUCAUACACAUACGCGAGGAGUCUGCCAUUCCUACCCAUCUCGAGCUCUGUUGCGCUUGAACGCGAGUAUAGCUCUGAGUGCGCUCCUGGAGCAGCGAGGUUGGGGUCACCAUUUUGCAAAUUGGUUGCGUCAUAUGUAACCCGUCCAAGCCGAGGCGGAUGCCGGAAACAACGCUGAGUUUAACGCGAGUUAUCGGUCUUGGAUAUUACUUCAGG